CCGGCCGGGACUCGCCGCGCGGAGCGGUUCGGUGGCGGCUGCGCGCGCAGGGAGGGGAGGGUGCCGCGCGCCGCGCCUGCUCCUACCGGUAGGGGCCGCCGCCAGGCUGAGGGGAGCGGAGCGGAGCGUGAGGCGCGCUGAGGAUGGCUGCAGCUCCUCCAAGUUACUGUUUUGUAGCCUUCCCCCCAUGUUCUAAAGAUGGGCUGGUGGUGUUCGGAAAGAACUCUGCAAGGCCAAGGGAUGAAGUACAGGAGGUGGUCUACUUUGCUGCCGCAGAGCAUGAUCCAGGAAGCAAAGUUGAGUGCACAUAUAUUGAGAUUGAGCAGGUGCCGAAGACUCACGCUGUUGUGCUGAGCAGGCCUUCCUGGCUCUGGGGGGCAGAGAUGGGAGCGAACGAGCAUGGAGUCUGUGUAGCUAAUGAAGCCGUCGUAACCAGAGAACCAGCUUCUGAAUCUGAAGCCUUGCUUGGAAUGGAUCUUGUCAGACUUGGUCUAGAAAGAGGAGCAACAGCUAAAGAAGCAUUAGAUGUAAUAGUUGCUCUGUUGGAAGAGCAUGGACAAGGUGGAAAUUAUUAUGAAGAUGGGAGCUCAUGUCAUACUUUCCAAAGUGCAUUUUUGAUCGUAGACAGAAAUGAAGCCUGGGUACUGGAGACUUCUGGAAAAUACUGGGCAGCAGAAAAAAUCACAGAGGGGGUAAAAUGCAUUUGCAAUCAGCUUUCAUUAACUACAAAAAUUGAUGCUGAGCAUCCUGAACUAAGGGAUUACGUGAGAAGUCAAGGCUGGUGGAAUGGAGACUCCGACUUCAAUUUUUCUGAAGUGUUCUCUCUCAGUGAUGACCAUUUAGCCUGCUCUUCUGGCAGGGAGAGCCUAGAAAAGCAAAGUGGUGACGUUUCUGCACAAGCCAUGAUUGAUGUCCUGCGUGACAAGGACAGCGGUGUCUGUGUGGACUCUGAAUCUUUCCUUACUACAGCUAGCAUAGUGUCUGUUCUGCCUCAGGACCCUAGUUUUCCCUGUAUUCACUACUUCACUGGCACGCCAGACCCUUCAAGGUCCAUAUUUAAACCCUUUAUUUUUGUUGAUGAUGUAAAAUUAGUACCAAAGGUACAGUCACCUUCUUUCGGCAAUGAUGAUCCUGCUAAAAAGAUACCUCGAUUCCAAGAGAAACCUGAUCGCAGGCAUGAAUUGUACAAGGCACAUGAGUGGGCUCGAUCUCUCCUUGAGAAUGAUCAGGAUAAAGGCCAGAAACUGAUGAGGAUUAUGUUAGACCUUGAAAGACAAGGGUUAGAAGCAAUGGAAGAUAUCCUCACCCGUGCAGAGGUUCUGGAUCCUGAUGAAGUAGUGGAUCUUUUCUAUGACUGUGUUGACACAGAACUAAAGUUCUUCAAGUAAACUACGGUGGCUAUUGCUAGCCUUUUCACUGGAAGACUGCAAAGUUCUUCAGGCCUUGAAAGAAAGUCUUUACACCUGUGAAUUUGCAGGAAAACAUUUCUAGAGGAAAAAAAAUGUUACUUGCUAGCUGUAUCCAGUUAACAAAUUGCUUUUCUUUGUCCAAUCUUGUGCUGUUCCUGUUUGUGUAUGUAUAUAGUGAAAGGAGAAAGUCACUGACUGGUCCAAUUACUUUGUGCAUGCUGGCUAAUUUAGUACAGAAUGUUUAAAUAUGUAUGUUGGGCAGCCAAUUAAAGCAAAGAUUAACUUCAUCAGGCUAACUGCCAUAUUGUCAUUGAAAGCAAUCUGGUUUGCCUCCGUUGCUCAGGACUAAGCUUGCAGCAAAGCUGACUCGCGUUUUCCUCUUGCUGAUUCGUACAGUGAAUGGUAGAGUUGAAAUCCCAGUUGUGUGGGGGCAGGAAGGUAAGUCCUGGUUUUUGACCUUGCUGUACUGGCCUCAGAUGGGUAUACCUGGUUACAGUAGCUCUGCUUCUGACACUAUGCCUGUACAAAUGAGCAGAAUUAGGUCCCCUGGGUUAACUUUUGCCUUCACCUCCACCCAACUUAAGGAAGCUUGUGUUUGUAAUGCACCUGGCUGCUGCUGUAGUGCUGAGCACUGAAAUGCAGAGCCAGCCUGGGUGCUUAAGACGUCUGUAUGUAACCUAUUGGCUCUUAAGGUGCAAUUAAUGAGAUGUCAUAUUUAUAUACAAGCUACAAAUUGGGAACUUUUUUAGGGAAUAGAUGCUGGGCAUUGAUCAGUAACACUUGACUAUUCUCUAUCUUUCUGCUUUUAUACAGUUCUCAUAAUCUCUGUGGUGCAUAUACAUGGCUGGUGAAUCCAGUGAGUUACUGGUGGUUGUGGCAGUCCAGCUGGUUAGGCUUAGAAAUGUCUGUCUUACGCUUCCUUAUGAUAAGUGUGAUUCUGCAGCAUGCUUCCCUUCCUUGACAGUCCUGCAGACAGAACUGCUUUUCAUGUGUUUCCCUCUUGUAGAAAUGAGAUAGGGCAAACAGUUUUAAGAAUUAAACCAAUGACCACUGUUUCCUGUCAUGCGAAGAUGGAUUUUUAUUUUUUUUUUAACAGGAGGUUCAGACAAGAAUUCCACAUCUUUGAUAAGUGGAAGUUAGCUUAUGGCAUUAAAGUCCUUCACUGUUCAGGGAAGGGGAUUGUGAAGAACCAUGGAUUACUCUACUGAGGAAAUAAAAGCUCCUUAGGAGGCAGCAACGCCUCAACUUGUUACUGUGAGAGCUGUGCAUUCGGGAAACAGUCAUUGCCAUAUUGGCACAUUUAGUUCUCAGAAGUUUUUGGAAUGAAAUUGUUCCGUUCAGACUCAUUGCUUUGGUGCUGCCUUACCUGACAACUGGCAAUUGGACAAGAAAACAUUGAGCCUUCUCACUUAGGAAAAACAAGCAGGAAGAUACUUUCUCUUACGGCUUGCCUAAUAAUCUCCCACUCACAAUUCACUCUUCCCACCCUCUCUACUGCAGGAGCAACUCCUGUGUUUUGGGUAUUAUGAAAAUGGAGAAGGAGAAAAUAGGCAAGGUAACCCUAAAAUUAAGCUUCUAUCUGCCUAGCCAGAAUAGGGUCUGCAAGGGCCAUGCUUCAUUUCCGAAUGUGUUGUGCUAUAUGCACACUGCCCACUGAAGUAAAUGGAUUUCUGAUGAAAUCCACUUUUGGAAUUAAAGGCUGCUUCAAAUGAAAAUACUCCUAGUCAGAGUACAUCUAACACAUACCAUAUUGAACUUAAUAGCUGCUUCUUUAAACUGUUGCUUGCUGUGCACUUUACGUCCUGAUAGGAGUCGCUAGAUGUUUGUGAACAAGGGGAGAACAGGGAUAAAAUGACUGACCCAUCCAGAGGGCUCAGAUCAGGAUACACCACAUCACACAGCUCUUUUGCACAACUUGGAUCUGCAACCUUUGGCAGGUGGGAGGGAGGCAAGAUGGAAGAAUGUGUUCCUGCUAAAACCAUAAUAUAUCUUAUUUGCUUGUUUCUUAAGAGAGAAGAAACCAACGUUUGCAAUUAUCUUGUGGGAAUUUAUGUCCUUAUUUGGAACUGCUUAUGUCAGAACUAAUAAAUUGUUUUGAGCACAGUGA